UUUGUGAAUGAGUUUGUCUGUUGUUGCUGUUAUCUACCUGAACGCUGUACUUUUUUUCCUUUUUGUAAUAGUUUGCAUGGCACAAAAUGUGCUAUCCGCUGUGAAGAUGGAAAAUACCAUAAUGGCAGGGAAUGUGAACCAUGUCACCGUUCAUGUGCAACAUGUGCAGGUGGUGGAGUAGAUGCGUGUAUAAACUGCACACAGGGCUAUUUUAUGGAAGAUGGAAGGUGUGUGCAAUCCUGCAGUACUGGUUACUACCUUGAUCACUCUACAGAAAGUGGAUAUAAAAGCUGCAAAAGAUGUGAUGCCAGCUGUUUGGAUUGCAGUGGUCAAGGAGACAGAAACUGUACGAUCUGCCCAAGUGGUUAUAACCUAGACUCUGGUGUCUGCGUAGUGGGAACAGUCUGCAAGGAUGAUGAAUAUCUUGAUGAUUCUCAGGAAUGUCAGUUAUGUGAAGCAUCCUGUCAGAAGUGCACUGGACCUGAGGUGGAUGACUGCAUCAGCUGCCCUAGAACAAGAUUCUUUGACAAUGGUCGUUGUGUUACGCAAUGCCCCAGGGGAAAGUUCGAAUUCAAAAAGCAAUGUCAUUUGUGCCAUCAUACCUGCCAGGACUGCAGUGGAAGUGAACCUAACAAAUGCACUGCUUGUGGAAGAGAUAGACGAGGGAUGGAGCGUUUUCUAUACCAUGGGGAGUGCAGAGAAAGUUGUCCUCCAGGUCACUACCAUUCAGAGCACACCUGUGUACCCUGCUCUGGUCACUGCGAAGUGUGCCUGAAUACUAAACACUGCAAAAGAUGUACCAGAGGAUACUAUCUUAACCAAAAUAUAUGUCAGAAGCAUAGCUGUAGAGAAGGUGAAUUGGAAGAUCCUGACACUGAAGACUGUGUGCCUUGUUCAGAAGGAUGUCAGAACUGUCAAUUGGAUGACCCAAGAAUCUGCAUAACAUGUGUUCCGAACUACUACAUGCAGAUAUGUGCUCUGAGUGAGGUAUCUUCUUGUCCUGAUCGGCAGGGUCAGCUGAUGCCGGGCUCUGUUUCUGUUGCAGGUGGCACAUGUGUGACUGAGUGUGGUGAUGGCUUCUUCAGUGAUGACAUGUCUAGAGAAUGUGAACCUUGUCACAGGAGCUGUACAACAUGUGUUGGAUACAGCUAUGAGAAUUGCACUGGAUGCCCAAAAGAUUUCCAACUUUCUCUUGGACAGUGUCUGAAUCCAAGAAAUUAUCCACCCAGUGGGAAAUUCUGGAGUGCUGAAAAAAAACAGUUGCAACCAUGUGAUCCUUCAUGUAGGACCUGUAACAAAUCUGCUGAUAGGUGCACUUCAUGUCCAGAAGGAAAAUUUCUUGCCCACAAUAAAUGUGUCUCUCAGUGCCCACAGCAAACUUUUGCUGACGUUGGAAGUAGGAAGUGUGAAAUGUGCAUGGACAAUUGUGAGGUGUGCUCUGAUCCCUGGCACUGCCAGAAGUGUCAGGCUGAACAAGGACAGUCUUUCUUCCUCCACAAUGGCAGAUGCUUACAGGAGUGCCCUGAGGGGUACUUCAAUGAUUCUGGGACUUGCAAGGAAUGCAGUGGUUCCUGUAAGACAUGUGAAGGAAGUGCUACCAAAUGCCAGUCAUGCAAAAAUCCUUUGCUUCUGGAGCAGUGGGAAUGUAAACCUACCUGUUCACAGAAAUAUUUUGCCUUUGAUGGAAUCUGUAAACAUUGCCCUGCUAUGUGUCUGGAGUGCAUUCACAGUGAAACAUGCAAAGAGUGUGUGAAUGGGUUCUUCCUGCAUGAAGGGAAAUGUGUAGAGGAGUGCCCUACCCAAUUCUAUGCUGAAGACAAGCACUGCUUUCCGUGCCAUGGAGACUGCAAGGACUGCAAUGGACCAGACUCAGACGACUGUAUUGAGUGUGCAGUCAGCUACUUUGUCCUAUAUGAUGGCAUGUGUUCUGAAGAGUGCCCUGAAGGGACUUACUAUGAAGAUGAGACAGACGACUGUCAAGCAUGCAAUAGGACAUGCAAGACUUGUUCUUCAUCCGCUGCCUGCCUUACAUGCAGAAACGGCCUGAUCCUGAAUCGUAACGGGCACUGCAUGCUAUCUGGACACUGCUCUCGCACCGAGUACUAUGAUGAGAAAACUGAGACCUGCAAAACUUGUCAUAAGAAAUGUUUUCACUGCUCAGGACCAACUGAACACCAGUGUAUUAGUUGUGCAAAUAACCGCUAUCUUUUCAAUACAACCUGUAUUGAAACAUGCCCAGCUGGGUACUAUGCUGACAGUGAUGAAGGACAGUGUUCCCCAUGCCACAUCACCUGUGCCACCUGCAGUGGAAAACACAGCUCACAGUGCCUUUCCUGUAAACCAGGCUUGUACAGGCAAGGAAAAGGAUGCGUAAGCCAGUGUCCAACGGGCUAUUUUGCACAAAACUCCACUGGGUCAUGCGAGCGCUGCCACAAGGGCUGUAAGGAGUGCAUGGGGCCUCAACCAACAGACUGCCUUUCCUGUGAUACAUACUUCUACCUGCUGCACUCCAAGAACCAAUGUGUUAGCUCUUGUCCUGAAUAUUACUAUGAAAACAAGGAUGAAAAAGUCUGUGAAAGAUGCCACCCUUUCUGCCGAACUUGCAAAGGAAAAGAAGGAUUCAGCUGCACGUCUUGUGUAUGGAGUUACAGUUUGUUAAACGGAAUAUGCAGCUCAGACUGCUUUGCAGGUUACUACAAAGUCCAGGAGGCACCAGAACAAGAGGAGGAUGAGACAAAGUGUGAGAGAUGUGACAGCACAUGCACGGAGUGCAAGGGACCUGGACCUCUCAACUGUACCAUCUGCCCAGCUGGCAUGCAGCUCUACCUGGAGGAAGGCCGCUGCCUACCCUGCUGCAGUGACACUGACCCAGCAGGCAUCCUAGAGUGCUGUGACUGCAGUGAAACACAAGAUGAUUGUGUAUUACGGACUACGCUACCACCAGCAAGCAAAAACAAAAGCUCUUUCUUUGUCAUUAUCUGCAUUUUAUUUAUCCUUGUCAUUGGAGCCAUUGUAGUCAUCUGGAGAAAAUCAAAAUCAAAACCACGCACUGCCAGUAAAGGUAGGUAUGAGAAGCUGACAAAUGACUCCAAAACCCUUCCUUCCUAUGCGAGCAAUUAUCAUGAGAGCCCAAGUUAUCAGGAAGACCAAGUGAUAGAAUACAGAGAUCGAGAUAUCGAAGAUGAUGAAGAAGAUGACAUUGUAUAUAUGGGUCAGGAUGGCACAGUCUAUCGUAAAUUUAGAUAUGGACUUUUGAAGGAUGAUGAAGAAGAUGAGCUUGAAUAUGAUGAUGAAAGUUAUUCAUUUAGAUAACUCUCUAUUGUCUUAUGAAUUUUCUGCUCUGUUGCUUUUCCCAUAAAAUUCCAGCAAUUUAGUUAAGUAUGUUUAUUUACUCCUUUUCAGGCUGAACUUAAGAUUUUAACUAAUGCUUAUUUUGAGAGCAGAAUGAUUUCUAAAAACAUUUUCUUCCUGAAGCUUUACAUAACCCUCUUAGGCUUUUAAGUUGCACUCCAGAUGUAUGUUGUUUAAAAGAAUACAUUCCUAUGCAUUUUUGUGGACAGUAAAUCCCUUCCCAAUGCGUAUGCACAUGCAUUAUGAUAAACACAAAUACCCAUUCAAAUCAUACAUACAUACUUACUGCAAACUUUACUACUCUCUUUUAAAAUGGUGCAGAUAUAGACAAGAUUGUUGUAUUUGUCUACAUGACAAAUGUCAUUGGAGUAGUGUGCCAGUAGUUUACUACAUUGUGAUUAUAGUUAAAUAGACUUUUGUAUUAGCACAGGUAAGGUUUCUGGUUCUAGCCAGAUUUUCUUUGUUGAUGUCUAUGCUACUCAAAGCCAACACAUUUCUGCUUAUAAUCUUGUGGCAUUGUUCCCAGUGAAAUUAUGCACCUAUUACAUCAUUUUUAAGAGUUGAGAUUAUGACUACUCCAGAUUGCUUCACUGUACUCAUGGUUUGUAUGAAAAAUAUUGAAAAUAUUUUAUGUAAAUAACAAUCUCUGAUUACUCUUUAUUCAAGCGCUUGUUAGAUAGUCUUUCAUUGCACACACAGACUUCUUGGUUUACUGCAAAGGGAAAUAUGGUCUAUAAAUACUACCACAAAACAGCACUCCUUCUUUCCUUUCUAAUUAGCUUCUCAAGCUACAAAUGAUUUAAAUACCAUUUGUUCAAGUAAGUUUCACAUUUCUGAUGUAAAUGUCUCAAGUUUAUUGGAGGAUGGCAAAGGGGAUAACUAAUAUUUAUUUAGUAAUGUAAUUUAAAGGAACACAGUAAUGUGAUUUUUGUAUUACUAUGAAAAUUUAAUUCAUUGUACUAAAGGAUGCUCUUUAUGGCCCUUUACUGUGAAAGAAUAAAUUCUUUGCACAAAACCAUUUUGAAA